AUAUUUAAACAAUCAUCAAUGUAAGUCGCACUCUUGUUAUUAAUUUAUGUCUUAAGUUUAGGAAAGAUUUUUUGUAGAAAUAAAACCUUUUGUAAGCUUUGAGAGUGUUGCCGGAUCGAUGUAAUCAGAGCCACUGUGCCAAGGCUAAAUAUCGCUAAUUUUAGGUCAAAUAUGAUGUCAUCAAAUUUAUAUUUCUUCCAUAAUCAGGCUUAUAUAUUACUCAAUUUGUUGGAUUUUUAUAGAAUGAGUUUUUAUUCUCUUUAUUAAGUUUUACUGUCCGUCAUAAUGUCUAAAUCACUGGUGUGCAUGUCGGAACCAUUGCCAUUUUAUGCUCAAGAUGUUUGUAAAGAAAAGUCUUUCAAUUUUUCCUCUGCUGAUAGUGAGAUAAAAGAUAAAACAGAGAAAAAAGAUAUUCUGGAUACUAAUUCAUUAACUCAAGAUGAAAAUAUGUGUAAUCAGCCACCGAAUUCAGUGGACCAAGUGCUCAAAAGAAAUCUUUCUCGUAAAAGAGAGGCCAGUAAUAUAUUAGUCGAGUGUGUAAAACGCAGAGAUAAUAUGCAAAACAUGGAAUUCAGCUCCUAUGUGCCUUUUGAGUCUAACAAUUGUACUUUCAUUAACACUUCUCAUGAUUCAACUUCCGUUCUGCCAAAUAUAACUGUUGAAAUUGAAAAAGACUCUGAAGCUUCUGCUCAAAAUUACGAGAAAGAAAACUCAUUAGUUUUAAAUUCUUUUUCAACUGAUUCUGGGUUCGAAAGCUCUAAAAACAGUUCACCUACUCACAGCCUUGAUAAUGUCAGCAAUAGUUAUGAUGAAAAUACUACCAGUUUAAUGGAAAUUGAUGUUGAUGAAUGCAAAGAUUCUUCGCAAGAUUUAUCUAGUGAUAACUGUGCAAGUUUAAAUAACUUAUGUCCAAAGUCAACUGCAAUAUCAGAAGACCUAAAUGGUUUGAAUCUUGAAGAAACUUCUCAGUCCAAAACAAGUGCUAAAUCGCCUAUUAUUCAAAGUUUAUUUAAAAGUUUAUCUCCUAUGCUGUAUUUCUCCACCAAAGACGAAAUUGUUGAAAAACUACCGGAAGACGUCCUAACAGUGAUGAAGUGGAAGCUUUCUACUAUCACGCCGGUCUUAAUUCGUGAAACUGUUCUGAAAUGUGGAUUUCAAUUAGUGGAUAUUGAAACAACUGAGGAUUGGCUGGGUACAUGGGGAAAACAUCUUAAAUGCCUGACAUUUCGAAGAAUAAAAAGUUUUCAAAAAGUUAAUCAUUAUCCUGGCAGUUUUCAUCUUGGACGAAAAGAUAAACUGUGGAAUAAUAUUAAAAGAAUGCAAAAGAAGUAUGGUAAAGAAGUGUUUGGAUUUUUUCCAGAUACUUAUGUCCUUCCGGCCGACAUGAAAGUUUUGAAAAAGACAUGGGAAGAAGAUCCAGAUCGAUGUUGGAUUAAAAAACCAUGUGCUUCAGCUCGUGGUACCGGAGUUAAACUGAUACAUAAAUGGUCUCAAGUGCCUAAAACACGUCCUGCUGUUGUUCAGAGGUAUGUCAGUGAUCCAUAUUUGAUUAAUGGUAGCAAGUUUGAUUUGCGUCUUUAUGUCUUGGUUCCCAGCUUUAAUCCUUUAAGAAUUUAUCUUUUUGAAGAUGGUCUUGUUCGAUUUGCAUCUGAGAAGUACUCAUUGUCUGAUAAAUCAUUUGCUAACAGAUUCAUUCAUCUCACAAACUACAGCAUCAACAAAAAGAGCUCUGCUUAUACGUCCAAUGACGAUGUUAAUCUUUGUCAAGGUCAUAAGUGGUCAUUAAAGUCUUUUUGGAGUUACAUGUCUGACAGUGGUAUUGAUGUUGAUAAAAUUAAAGCCACAAUUGUUGAUAUGAUAAUCAAAACUGUGAUCGGUGCUGAAGGUCCCAUACGGCGCUUGAUGAAACUGCAUGCAAGGCGCCCUUAUAAUUGUUUUGAAUUAUUUGGAUUUGAUAUUAUGUUGGAUAAAGAAUUGCAGCCAUGGUUGCUUGAAGUCAACAUUUCUCCCAGCUUACACUCAAAAUCCACUUUAGAUUUAAAUGUAAAAGGUCCACUCGUUAGGGACAUGUUGAAUAUUGCUGGAUUCGAAUUGCCACAGAAACCAGCUGCUGGAUCAACAGAAACUGUAUGUUUGCACGCCGAAGGGAUCAGACACCAGCCAAUUCCAAGGCUGCUGUUAGCUGAAGAAAUAAGAAAUGAAUCGCUUUUUUCAUCAAAAUAUUCUAAUGGGAGUGCCAAUGUAUUGGAUGAUUUAACACUGGAUGAUCUUUAUUGUUUGAUGGAGACUGAGGAUGAAAAUAAUAGGCGUGGUUCUUUUCUUCGUGUCUUCCCCACAGAGACUUCUGAUGUUUAUUUCAAAUAUUUUGAUGUUGUUACUUAUUAUAACAGGCUAUUAUGGGCCUGGGAACAGACCUUCCAUGAUAAAAGAAUCAAUGGUAUUAGUAAAAUACAAGAAUUAUUUGAAAAAGUUAAGAAGCAAGAAAAUCAUAACACAAAAAUGCAAGAGCCUGAAGAUCUUGUCACCAUAACUGUGCACUGAUACAGUGACAUAGAAUUGUGAGAUGUUUAUUAAUUCGGAUCCCUGCCAAUCUGUAUUAUUCGUGCAACAAAUUUUAAUGCCAUUUCUUCCUACGCUUUUAUGCAUUUUGCUUUUAUAUCUUGCUGUUGUUCCUGUAGUAUCCAAGGACAUGCAACUAUAAUGCAAAAUUUAUAUUCUUUUGUUUUUAUUCAGAUAACCUAUUUUUUACCUUUUUAAAAAUGAAUGUAAAUAUAUAUAUGCAAUCCAAACAAUCACUUAAUAAAAUAUUUAUUUUUCAACUGAA